AUGACGUCUUGGUCAUCGUUAAGCGGCCACCGGCUUGUUGACCACGUCUGGGGCGAGGGCUCUCCUUCUCUCAGCACCGCAACGACCCUUUUCAAUCUGCUUCAGGCGUUGACGAACAGUAGUGGUGUGGAUGGGAACGGCAAUAUCCACUCGUACGGAGUGUUGAUGAAUGCGGCCUUUGCAGUGUUGAUUCUGGCUCUUGGGAGGCGCGUUUACAAGCUCUUGACGGAAACGUGGCCAUCGUGGACGUUGGAGAAGCUGAGAAGCUUUUUAGCCUUGGAGACAAGCAAGGAUGCGGCUGCGGUCGACGUAUUUGUGAAUCAACCGGAGGAGUUUGUCUUUGAUAAUGAGUUGCUGGUGCUCGCAAUAGAGCAGUAUGUCUCGCACUUACUUCAGUUUGGAAAAGAGGAACAGAAAGGUGUUACUUCCAAAAGCAAUGCCAAUAACGAACAAAUGGCGAAACAGUCUGCUAGAGUCUUACGUACGGCAGAAUAUUGGUCUAAGCCAAAUUCUCUUAAUCCUGGCUGCUACAUGAGUGCGGUAGAAGCAUUCCGCAGGAAUUUUUCCCUUGUCAUGCGUCCUGCAGACGGUGACGUGGUGGAGGUGGAGCCUGGCCUUACGGUCUGCUUCCAACAGCAGAUAGUGCCGGUGUCGGUGCUCAAGAAGUGCAAGAUCGUCGCCCGUCGUGGAAAGGGGCCUCUCAUGGAUGCCUUUAUUCCCCUCAAUUUUGAUGCCGCUCGGAGGGGACAUGCCUUCAAACGGACCCGAAAUAAUGAAGAAAACGAGGGCAUUGAUUCUGACGGUACGACGACGACGACAGCGACUGCCAGUAAUAAUGAUGGUGCGAUGACUUUGAAUGGAAUGGGAGACCAGUCUAACGCUACCCGUGCCGGGAAUGAGGUUGAGAGGGUGGUUGUGCGCCAGGCAAUACUGCAAUGCACAGACAGGAACGAAAGUGGAAAGGAGCGCAUAAUGUCUUUUGCUAAAAGGGCGUAUGCGUGGUACAUUCCCAGUGUUGCUGAGACAGAUGAGCGAUACUACUUGUCUCCCUCCGCCUCCGAGUGGCAUCAUGUUCUUGAGUUGUGGGCACGACAACCGUCGGAGUAUUCACAGUGUCUUCAUAUGAGGCGAUUUAUUCUUUCUUCGGGCGGUGGCGGCUUUGGAAACCUAUUUUUCCAACAGAAGGCGCAGCUGUUCGCGCUUCUUGAAGAAUUCAGGCAGAAAAAGGGUAAGUUUGCAGUGCCAGGUGUCCCACACCAGCUUGUUAUUCUUUUGCAUGGUAUGCCAGGGACGGGAAAGAGCAGUGUUGCACGCAACAUAGCCGCGUUUUUGGAUCGACAUAUUGUGGCGGUUCCCAUUGGGUUUAUUCAAACAAACAGCACGCUGCGGGGAAUACUCUCCGGUGGUGUGAUGAUGAUUGAUGGGGUAGCGAGUGAAGAAGAUGAGGAUGAAGUCUUGACGCAAUUUAUGGCAUCUCAAACGCAGAAACUUGACGUGGAUAAGGUGGUUUAUGUGUUCGAGGAUAUUGAGGCGAUAUCAGAUGUGUUAUCGUUUCAGCUGCCCCUACAGCAUCAGCACAUGCUACGAGACCUGGAGGACACGACGGAGGAAGAUAAAGAGAAGGAAGAAGAACCCACUACGGGUGACUCCGGCGACAGGAGGGAUAGUGGCUCGGUUACGACGGAUUCAGACUCACAGGGGAAGUCCACAGAUUACCGCUUUGCCAUGAACGCACUGAAGAAAUACAGAGAGCUCUUGGUCGCGGACUUUCUCUCACCUGAGGGCGUACUCACCGCUUUGGACACCGCUUUUGCCCCCCCCGGGGCGUGUAAUCGUCUUUACAACAAAUUAUCCAGAGAAGCUGCCCGAUCUCUUUUGGAAGCCCGGCGUAUUAACACUCACAAUCCACCUGGGUCCUCUUGA